UAAUGACACACGAGUUUCAGUUUUCUGAGCCUUUACGAAAAUGAUUCGGACACUUGAUUUGUUCUUUUUGUUGUGCCUAGUUGGUGUGUUUGAUGUCGAGUCGCAUGGAGUGUCAGUGAUGGUAGGAGAUUCUGUCAUUCUGGACUCCAACGCUUCAGAAAUAGAGCUGAGGAGUGAGAUCGAGUGGAGGUUUAAUGGCAUUCUCAUCGCUAAAGUUAUUAUGGGCAACCUCACCUAUCAUGAUUAUACGAGAUUCAAAGACAGACUGACGCUGGACAGAAACGGAUCACUCAAAAUCAAAGACAGCAGAAUAACAGACACUGGAGGAUAUGAAUUGAGUAUUACUAGUAAUAGGGAGUCUGUCAAGAGAUUCAGUGUAACUGUUUAUGCUCCACUAUCCAUUCCUGUCGUUACCAGUGACAUUUCACAGUGUUCAUCAGGCUCAGAAUGUUCACUUUUGUGUUCAGUUGUGAAUGUGAGUCACGUGACUCUCUCCUGGUACAAAGGAAACAGUUUAUUGUCCAGCAUCAGUGUGUCUGAUCUCAGCAUCAGUCUCUCUCUACCUCUGGAGGUGGAAUAUCAGGAGAAAAACAGCUACAGCUGUGUGAUCAACAAUCCCAUCAGCAACAAGACCAAACACGUCUGCAUUACCGAUCUCUGUCGUUUGUGUUCAGUUCCCUCUUCAGAUGAAGUCCAUUAUGGCGGAGGGACUGAACCUGUGAUCCGAUUGGUCGUCACUGCUGUGGUGGGUCUGGCUGCUGUGGCUGCGUUCAUUGUGCUGGUUUAUGACAUCAGAUCCAGAAGAGAUGAACAGGAGAGACACCGAUGAUGGAUCAAUAAUGAAUGGAUCAAAACAAUAAUGAAGCCUUUUCACAGACUUUGAUGAUGUGUUUCUAGUUAGGCUUU